UUUUUUCCAAUUAUAUAUUUGAAUUUUUUCCAAGUAUUCUUCUCUGCAAAAAUAUAAUCUCAGUAACUGUAAGAGGGGAAGAGGAGGAAAAUAGGGAAGAAGGAAACCCUAAUAUGGGACACGAUGAACUACUAAAGAAGAAGAUCACUUGGGCUUCGAAUGAAAGUGAGGAACUUUAUAAAAUAGAGAAAGAGAAGAGUCUCGCUUUGAUCAAAGCAUGGGAAGACAAUGAAAAGGCAAGAGCUAACACCAAGGCUUACAAAGAGCUAUGUUGCCUAGAUGAAUGGGAGAACAAGAAGAAGGCAGCAUUAGAGGCCAAGUUGAAAAGCAUCGAGGAAGAUUUGGAAAGAAUGAAGGAGAAAUACAACGAAGAAUUCAAGAACAAAAUACCCGAAAUCGAAAAGACGGCGGAAGAGAAAAGGGCAAAAAUCGAAUCACAAAAGGGGGAAGAAAUCAUCAAAGUGAAAGAAAUGGCCGACAAGCUCAAAUCAAGCUCCAAAGCUUAUCCACCCAAGAGAAUAUUCGGAUGUUUCUAGAAACUUCUCUUCUGCCUUCUCUUCCCGUUCCUUCGCAUCUAUACGUACGCACGUGUGUGUACCUACGUGUAAUCAUGUAUAAAUACAAUUCGAUUGAUUUAUGAUCCGUCUCAUUAUUAUUGGAGACAUAAAUAAUAUUUUCUCAUGCAGAUGUUCAAUUUCGGGUUAUGAUGUUCAAA